AACAUACGGUUAACGGAAACUCGAAAACCAUGCCUAACUAGAGGGCCCCACAAAGAGCGAAAUCGCUUGUCGCCUGUCGGAGAAGUUUCUGCAAGGUAUUCUUUCAAGUUGGUGACUGUCUUGUCAGUAGCACUCUAUGCUUCUUUAAACGUAGAAUACUUCACCAGAUGCCGAAUAAGUUCGGGUGGUGGCCAGGUGAAAUAUCGUAUGUUUAUAUGGGAAAAAUCGUUCAGCUGUAGCACCCUUUCGGUACCUAGCUACUAUGCCACCCGGAGGAAACACGAAGGCUGGGAUACUGCAAGGUCGCCCAAGCCUAGGCAGGGGAAGUCGAUGUGCAGAGGUCGGGUUCGAGCCACAAACAUACGGUUAACGGAAACUCGAAAACCAUGCCUAACUAGAGGGCCCCACAAAGAGCGAAAUCGCUUGUCGCCUGUCGGAGAAGUUUCUGCAAGGUAUUCUUUCAAGUUGGUGACUGUCUUGUCAGUAGCACUCUAUGCUUCUUUAAACGUAGAAUACUUCACCAGAUGCCGAAUAAGUUCGGGUGGUGGCCAGGUGAAAUAUCGUAUGUUUAUAUGGGAAAAAUCGUUCAGCUGUAGCACCCUUUCGGUACCUAGCUACUAUGCCACCCGGAGGAAACACGAAGGCUGGGAUACUGCAAGGUCGCCCAAGCCUAGGCAGGGGAAGUCGAUGUGCAGAGGUCGGGUUCGAGCCACAGUGAAUUUGUGCCUUAAACACUGA